AUGGAGGCAUCUGUCCCUGGGGGAGGCACCACGGUGGUUCUGCUCUGCUGCUGCCUCCUGAGCUCAGCAUGGGCUCUGGUUGACCCUGAUGAUGUUCUCACAAAAGAAGAGCAGAUCUAUCUCUUGGUGGAAGCUAAGGAGAAAUGUCAGAGAGAUAUAAAAGCCCAACUGGAGAAGAUCAAAGACACCAGCUGCCUGCCCGAGUGGGAUGGGAUCAUCUGCUGGCCCAAGGGCUCCCCCAGCCAGGAGGUGUCUGUGCCCUGCCCUGACUACAUCUACGACUUCAACCACAAAGGUCAUGCCUACAGGUACUGCAGUGUCUAUGGGACCUGGGCCAUGGCUCUCAGCAUCAACAAGACCUGGGCCAAUUACACUGAAUGUGCCCUGCUCUUCUCCUCCGAGAGCCGCAGCCGCGAGAAGGAGGUGUUUGACCGCCUGCACCUGAUGUACACCGUGGGCUACUCCAUCUCCCUGGCCUCCCUCGUCGUCGCCGUCUGCAUCCUCUCCUACUUCAAGCGCCUUCACUGCACCCGCAACUACAUCCAUGUCCACCUCUUCACCUCCUUCAUCUGCCGGGCCCUGAGCAUCUUCCUGAAGGACAUGGUGCUCUACUCGGGCACUCUGGGCAGUGAGGCUGAGAAGAUGAGGGAGGACGAGUUCAAGGCAGAGAUGGGAACCACGCCAGGACAACGGAGCCACCUGGUUGGCUGCAAGGUGGUGGUGACUCUCUUCCUCUAUUUUCUGGCCACCAACCACUACUGGAUCCUGGUGGAAGGCCUCUACCUGCAUAGCCUGAUCUUCAUGGCCUUCCUCUCCAACAAGAGCUACCUGUGGGUCCUCAUCAUCAUUGGCUGGGGUCUCCCAGCUGUGUUUGUGUCUGUCUGGGCCAGUGUCAGGGCCUCCCUGGCAGAUACACAGUGCUGGGACCUCAGUGCAGGGAACAUGAAGUGGAUUUAUCAGGUCCCCAUCUUGGCUGCCAUUGUGGUGAACUUCUUUCUCUUCCUCAACAUCGUCCGGGUUCUGGCCUCCAAGCUCUGGGAGACCCACACAGGGAAGCUGGACCCCAGGCAGCAGUACAGGAAGCUGCUGAAGUCCACGCUGGUGCUGAUGCCACUUUUUGGGGUGCAUUACGUGGUGUUCAUGGCCAUGCCCUACACUGAGGUCUCCGGGGUCCUGUGGCAGAUCCAGAUGCAUUAUGAGAUGCUCUUUAACUCCUCUCAGGGUUUCUUUGUGGCUUUUAUCUACUGCUUUUGCAACGGGGAGGUGCAGGCAGAGAUCAAGAAAGCCCAUUUUCGGAGGAGCCUGGCCCUGGAUUUCAAGCAGAAGGCUCGUGCCACCAGCGGGGGUGGGAGCUGCUGCUCUGGGGUGGUGACCUCUCAUGCCACCACCACCUUCAGCACCAGCCUGGCAGGGAGAGGGGCAGGGGGCACCCAGCACCUGGGGCUGGUGCUCCUGGCCCAGGCCAGCUUGCCAGGCUACAUCCCCAGUUCCUUUGCCUCCACUCCCUUUUUGCCCUGUCCCACCCAGGGGCUGAGCCAGAAGGGCUGUGGGGAGAACACAGGGGACUUAACGGACCUGAAUCGGUAUCACCCCAGACUGAGGAAGGAGCUGGAGACAAUGCUGUGA